AUGAGGAGGGGCUGGUUGGUGCUGGCACUGUACACUGUCACUGUCCGAGCCUGCCUUAUCUCAGAGUUUCGGUGUCGUAACGGCAAGUGUGUACGUCUCGACAACUAUUGCAACACGGUGGAUGACUGCGGUGACAUGUCUGAUGAACCAAGAUACUGCACAGUAUGUAACCGCACGUACUACGGGGAUGUGGGCAAGACGUACCAGCUGAACCUGCACAAACCGCGAGAGGAGCGGCUGCCAUUUCUCUGCCAUCUUACCUUCACUGCCAACGGUCACAGCCACGGAGAAUUAGUCCAGCUAAUCUUCGACGCCUUCCACGUCGGCCGGUUCGAGGGACGAGCGCUGGACGGUUGUCCCGACGGCCACAUGCAGCUGUCCGAGCUAGGACGUCCCUUCACAGGAGGCUCCUGGUGCGGCGCUGCUGCAGGACAUGCGGUCUACUACAGCGAGACGGCCACAGUCACCCUAACGUUGAGGGUGUACCAUGCCGCCUCACCCUUCGAGUUCCAGCUGCGCUACAAGGUGCUAGGCGGCGACGAGGCCGUCGUACGGUUCGGUAGCGCCGGCGCCCCCCUUGAGCGCGGGGAGGUCGUCCCAGGCACCUACUGCAGUCGUAACUUCUACGAGUGCUACCGCAAGAAGUGUCGCCUGCAGUCCCCCAACUAUCCUGGGAUGUAUCCUCGCAACGUCACCUGCUACCUGACUCUUCGGCAGAAGACGGUACCAACCUGCAAACACGCCAUGAUCUCGGUCAGGCAAGAGAGCGAACACAAGAUGCAGAUAAGGUCAACGAUGCUAGGCAUGAACAAGACGGCUGGGAGCUCCAAGGAAAUCCGGGCUUGGACCGACUGUACGGGGGAGCGGGACCAGCUCAUCUUCUACGACGGUGCCUCCACAGACGACACGGUAUUAGCUAAGUACUGCGGCGGCGCCUGGCUACCUUCCAUCAUCAGCAGGGGUCCCUCCAUGCUGGUGGCCUUCCACUCGUCACCGUUCAGUGUUCCUCUCCGCUCAGAUGGAGCCACCAGUCCUCUGCGGGGCUUCGAGCUCGAGGUCGACGUGCUCUUCAGCGACUCUAGCUCGCUAGACUACUCCAAGUAUCCUCGCAAGUGCGAGUUCUGGGUGAACGCCACUCACCCUGACCUGGAUGAGUCUGGCCGCACUAAGGGGCGCUCCGGGUUUGUGAUCAGUCCCCGUCAUACUCUGGCACCCAACACCACCUGCACCUACCACUUCAGGGGCCACCCUCGGGACAAUGUGUGGCUCUACUUCGUCAGCUACUCGCACCACCCCCUACUGCCCAACAGCACCCACAACUGCUCUACCAGACUGCGCAUCUGGGACGGUGGCGGGGCUCUCCUGGGAGACCACUGUGACGGGCCGCGACUCUGUGACCACACCUCUCUGCGGAACUUGACGAGGGUGACCCGACCUUGCAGCCCUGGCGAGAGCUACAUGACCCGUACCAGUUCUCUGCUCGUGCAGCAUCAGAGUGACGACGGCACAGCGCUUCACCCCGCCAGCUUCCGGCUCAAGUACGAGUUCGUGGACACACACCUAGGGGGCGAGCCGUGGCCAGGACGUCGAGGAGAGGAGCCACCCCCACAGCCCUGCAGCAGGAUCUUCCGCCGGGUCAAGUCAGGCCACAUAAAAUCGCCGAGGAACGUGUUCCUGUACGGGAGAGGGGGAGCCGCCAACCUCUCCUGUGUGUACCGACUCGAGGCAGGGGCCGGAGAGAAGGUCAGACUCACUCUCCACAACGCGUCUUUCGGCGAGACCGACUGCACAGCAGACCGGGACCCCCACACGGGGAGGACAGUGUGCGUGCGGCAGCCGGGCUCUCGGCUAGCAGAGCUUCAGGUCUCCGACGUGCCCUGGAGGGAUAUCAAGGUGACGAGAGGCUGUUUCUGUGACAACUCCACACUGUCAACAACUCAAGGAACUCCUAUCGUUUUCCUCUCACUCUCCAGAGUACUAGAGCUGACCUUCGUUAUCUCCAGGUUCAACAUCACCGAGGACUUCGCCGACCUGUACUUCGAUGCAUCUUUCGAGCUAAUACGAUCACCGGAAUGUCCUCGACGGCAGAGGGUCAGAGGUAGUGGCGGGGAGAUCGAGCUGGUCAGUCCUCCGCAGGCGAGAGCAGACGUGAACUGCGAGGGGAUGCCUUGGCUUGUGGAAGCUCACGAGAACAAGAGUCUGUUCCUGCUGACCUGGGGUCACUUCCUGCCGCUGACCGCAGAGCCUGAGCAGGUGACCUGCAGUACUCGGAACCGUGUCCUGCUGUACACCGGCCGCCCACUCAGGCUGCUGAAGGUGGUAUGUCCAUCGACCCCAAAGGACCGACAGUUUGCCGUACACGUAUUCUCAGAGGAAUGGUGGGGAGUGGGGGCGGUGGGUGGAGAGUUGUUUCUGCACCCUCCCCGCCCUCCCAGUUUCCUGUUGGAAUUCGUGGGCCGAGAGACUGGAGUGGCAGCCCUCAACUGGCUGGAAAUUUCCAGAAGCAAAUCAGCGCUUCUGCAGCAACUGCACACGGACUACCCGGAUACUGUAGAACCACCAAGUAACGAAACAAUAGGUCUGUCGGAGUGGGAAUGCCCGUACCGAUGCCCGGAAUUAAACGCUUGCAUCUCGGCCAGCCUGUGGUGUGACGGCCGACCCAACUGCCCCUCAGGAUUCGACGAGUCCCCGACACACUGUGGUAUGGGGCGGCAUCUGUUGGCCAUCCUACCCACAUACGCUGCCUUCGGGGGCAUCGCCGCAACUGUUGCGGCUUUCCUGCUGUUCCUGUUGGCCGCCAUGCUACACCGGCUGCGGCUGCGGAAACGACGCCGGCUACUGGGCAAGGCAGGCCCUCACCGAGUCCCCACCGAGGAAAUGCUCCUGGACCCAUCGUCCUCGGCCAGCUCCUGACAACCAGCCCAGUCUGUGGAGUUCAUACACAUGGACCGGGAGACCACCGUGUGACCCCCGCCCGCGCCCGCGCCCGUGCUCAACUGGUGCCUUUCUCCACAGACCGACAGCUCACCGAGACAACCGUGCAGGUUUUCUGGCUGACAAGUCAGACGGUUUGGUCACCUGACAAGUUCACGAUAUAACCCCAGAACAUUUAUCCAUCCUAACUUUUCACUCGUAUGUAACGAUAAAAACAAUUAAACCUUGAGGAACGGAUAUUUUUAAACAAUAUUAUCUCAUUACAUUAUACAGGGUGGAGAUAAAAUAACUCCUAUGUAUUCCUCAGCCUCCCCUUUAUUGAAAGACACUCUAAAAUUUUGCUACUAAUUGUGUUAGGAACCACUGUAAUAAAGUUCUUAAAUAACAACAAAUUCAAAAUGAGGUUUUGGUUCUAGUGUUUUAAUUGGAAUCGUGUGCGAUAUUAAUAACAUGAGGUACUAAAUAUAAUUAUUGAAGUACUGGUACUACAUCAUAUUAGCUAAACAUGAAUGAGGCACUAUUUUCUCCAUUUCUACCAACUUAAAACCUUCAUGUCCAAGAGGUACAAAAGUUAAUACUUCCUCUGAAAUCAUAACAAAACAUUUAAAGGUUGAUUUAAACCUAUUGCCAAAUUUAUUUUAUUUAUUUUUCUUAUAACCAUUCAUCAACCCUUGAAAGACCGUCCACUGAUAUAUUGUCGAGGUUAUGACGUCAUAUAUAU